AAAAGGGAAGCGUCGUUGUUGUUGCCCAGCAUCUGGCCAGCUCUGAGCUGACCAGUAUGUCACCAAAUCCCCCCUCCCCCCUUUCGAACUCGGUCUGUGUGUACCUGAGAGCGCGACUCUUACAGACAGCCUGUGAUUGCCAGCAUCUCUGUGACCCAAAGCUUGCAAUCUCAAGUUCCCAUGUCGAGUACACACCCGCCUGCCGGCAGCUUCCGGCCCUCUCUCCCACGAAAGCGAUUGUGUCCGGGUUGCCAGGACAAAGCGCGCGAACCAACAAAUCAUCGACCGGCGCGCAAGUGUGAGCCAAUCAGGUUCGCGUCAAGUAAACAAACAUUGACACAGUUGCGUGUCGGCCAUCCAACACCCAAACACAACUAGUAGCAUUGACACGGUUGCAUGCCGGUCAUCCAACACUCAAGCACAGAAAUUCAACUAGCCGCAAUAUGGAUAGUCGCAUCGAAGAAUUGGAAAGAGAGCUUCGAGCUGCACGCGAGGCUGCCGCGCUGGAGAAGGCGCGAGCAGAAGCGGAGAAGGCACAAGCGGACGCGGAGAAGGGGGCGAGCGGACGCGGAGAAGGCAUGAGCGGACGCGGAGAAGGCACGAGAAGACGCGGAGAAGGCGCGAGCGGAAGCGGAGAAGGCGCGAGUGGAAGCGGAGAAGGCACGAGCGGAAGCGGAGAAAUCGCGAGUGGAAGAGGAGAAGUCGCGAGUGGAAGUGCUACAGCUUGCGGUAUUCGCACCGUGGGCGGCACUCCUGGACCAGAGGUUACAGUCUGUAGAAGU